AUGGCAAAAGCCAUAAGUGAUAUAAAAAAUGGAUUAUUGUUGUCUUAUAGAAAAGCAGCAAAGAAAUAUAACCUUUGUCAUGAAACCAUAAGGAAACGUAUGAAUGGAGUACUACCCAAACAAAUAGCCCAUAGAGGGAAACAACUCUUCACCCCUCAACAAGAGAAGGAGAUAGUCAAAUGGAUUAUUGAGUCUGAUGAAGCAGGAAAUGGACGUAGCCGUCAUGAUAUCGUUGAAUAUGCAGAGCUAUUUUUACUGUUGGACAGACAACUGGCUAGUAUCGGUGGUUCUUGGUUUGAACGCUUUAAAAAAAGGCAUAAGGAGAUCCAUGUUGUUCAAGGAAGAAAAAUAUCAAGUUUGAGAGUAAAGGCAGCAACUCCCGAUCAGAUAAAAGAAUAUUUUCAUAAAUAUGACCUGAUUGUCAGACAACAUCAAAUUCCCAACGAAAACAUAUUUAAUUAUGAUGAAUCUGGGUUUAUUAUGGGUCAGGGUAAGAGUUCAAGAGUGGCUGUACCUAGCUAUAAAAAUAGAACUUACGUUAAGUCUACUGAGGGCAGAGAUAGUUGCACUGUUAUCGAAGCAAUCARCAUGAGUGGAGAAAAAUUAAUUCCGGGGAUAAUUUUUAAAGGACAAACUCUAAGAACCGGCUGGUUUAAUGAUGAUGCUUCAGACUACUACUACUCAGUCUCCAAAUGUGGAUAUACUUCUUAUUGGUUGUCUUGGCGUUGGUUGGAGGAGGUUUUUAUUCCCCAAGUGAAAGAAAAAACUAAUCAAGGAAAAGUUUUGCUAAUAAUGGAUGGGCAUGGAAGCCACAAAACUAAGAAGUUCAGAGAAACCUGUGAGGACAAUAAUAUCAUUCCAUUGUAUUUACCGCCUCAUUCAACCCAUUUGUUACAGCCUUUGGACCUUGGAAUCUUUGGACCAAUAAAAUAUGGAUACAAAGUAAAAUUGUCAAAAUUGGCCCAUGCCCUUGGGACAGAUCCAGUUAAGCAGCAGUUAUUUUUACUGAACUACUAUGAAGCAAGACAGGAAAAGUUAACCAAAGAAAGAAUCAUUCGAUCCUGGGAAACUGCUGGCCUUAAUCCAUUUGAUGUUGACAAAGUGUUAAAUUCGUCCCAAAUGAUUGCGGCGAAAAUCAAUAAAGAGAUAGAUGAUUAUGAAAAUAAUAGAGACGAACAUACUCAACAGGAUGAUGUUGAAAUUGGACUAUAUUUAAGGGGAACGCCAGAUGAAGAGCUUAUUGACAAGUUGACGAAAAAAAUUGAUUUUCUUGAAUUGGAAAAUACACAAUUAAAAACGGAUGUUGCACAUUUGCAAGCAGAACUUACCAGCGCUAAAUUAGAGAUUGACAACUAUAAAGAAGCUYUAAAGAAUAAGAAACCACCAGGAAGAAGUUCUGCCAUUCCUAUGGAUGAAAAUCAAGGCUUCAAGCGAGCAGCGCCCUAUGCCAAAGAAUAUCGUCAAAACCCACCAAAGAAGAACAAACGAAAAGCUUUAACGGAUAUGACAAAUUGUACUAAUGGUAGUAAUAGUUAUAUCAGAAGUUUGUAG